CUCCUCCCUUACUGCGUGACUCUGUCGAACAUUGUCGACCUGUUUCAGUUUCUUCCGACUUCUUCUCCUGCGUCCUUAAUUGCUGUACGCCUGCGUUUUAGGGGCCUUCGUCCUGUCCUUUCGUUCGAUAUAUGUUUCUGCUUCUGGCCAGCAACAUCCACACUCGUUUUGUUGUUCUUUUCGCAAAUUUAGACCCUUUCCAUACUCGCGUUGCCCGACGUCCCUAGUCAAAGUCUAUUCAAAAGAACCCUUUGUCUUGUCGACAAGGCAAGCCUUCCCUGUAAACGACCCGUAUCAGUGCGCGUCCCUGUACGACGAGCAGAUUGCGCAACGCCGAACUGAAACCCGGAGAUACCUACCCUGACCCAGUGUUGUGGCCACCCUCACACCUUCUUCACACUCUCUAUAACGAAAAGUCUUUCCAUGAACUAAUAUCUCGAGCACCCCCAUCUCAGGCCGUAGACGCCAUGGCUCCAGACGACAGGUCUAUAGGGCGUUCCGGUGGUAGCCUGCGUAACUUCUCUCGUGGGGAGUCCUCACGAUGGCGCUUCAACCGCUCGACCACCAACCUUGCAAGCGGGCAACCGGCACAGACACAGACGAAGCUUGAGCGCGCGCCCUCCAAGAUAUCUCUCUUCAAUCUAUUCAGCAAGCCCAAAGUCGAAAGAGCGCGAUAUCACCCUGAAGUGGGCAUGGCCGUCCCGAUGCGACCACAAACCCCCCCAAAAACCGCAAGAUCCGAGCUGUCCACAGGGCCUUACAUGUCGCUGGGAGGAAACGCCUCUCCCCCUGGACAGCAGACAGUUCGUACACGCUCUAGCCAGAUGUUCCGGCCCGUGUCCAUGAGACCUACAACCCCAUACAAAGAGCCUGGAAGCUGGGAGCCACCUCCACUAUACCAGGCAUUCCAUCAGUCGACCAAACACGCAACCGUACAAGCCUGUGUUUUCCCUCCUGAAGUCUUGAUGCGAACACAGAGCCAGAGACGACAGGCUGAGCUACUACGAGAGAAGAUCGAUAUCACACGCGAUCUUUCCACGAUUGCAGAGAACGGGUCCGAGGCGGCGAAGCUCGACAUGUCACACAAGCGACUGGUGUCGACGUCUGCUCCUGAGCUUGUCGACAAGAUCUACAUCCUCAUCGCCACGGGCUAUGUCCUACAAUACGAUGGCGACGGUUCGUACGACAGGCUCCCAGAGAAAGUACUUAAACUUGGGACUGACUCGGCUGCGUUCGCGUGCGAUCUGAUUCCUGGUAAGCACUGGGUAUUGCAGAUAUCUAGCCACGCUCAGGAUGAUGGUGCGCUUGGGUUGGGUCCGAAGAACUCUCUUCUCGCGAGACUACGGUCACAGAGCAACAACGCAAAGAAGCCGGCGAUAUCUUUCUUGUUGGUUCUGGAAAGUGCAGAAGAAAUGGACUCAUGGAUGUCUGCGGUGCGAAAAGAAAUCGACCAUCAUGGCGGUAUGAAGGCAAGGGAUGAGUCGGAUAGAGCAUCGUCUUCAAUUGAUGGAUCGAUCGAGAAGACGUCAACAGACACAAACAGCCAGCACCAUCUCGCUCUACCAGAGUUAAACACAGUCAACGUGGUCACAGCUGUUGAUCCACCACUUCAGCCCCAAUCGCCAAGUAUUGUCACCCCAUGGGAAACAGAUCGCAGCGAGCGAACCGUGAGUGUCACAGACUCAUCCAGUAGCAACUCUGUUGGACGUGCCAGUAUGCGUCAGUCGACAGACGUCUCGUCAAUCGCUACGACGCCGGUUUCGCCAGACCAGGUCCAACUCGAUUCGCUUCGUGAACGCUCGCGCUACUCGUUCAUGUCGACGGCAACGUCAGCCUCCGGAGCCGGAACUAGGAACACCUCGCGAGACUCAUCUCCAACCCCACGAUCUCCGCUCAGAGAUACCUUCCUCCCAACUGGAGAAACAGAACCACUACGAAGCGCCAUGUCUCUCAAAUCGUUUCACAUGAACCCUACCAACGGAACUGCCUCCCGUCGCCGAUCUAUGCAGCCUCUUCCUGUCACCGAUGAGCACUGUUCACUAUCCGUCGAUGAGCCUGUAUUAGCGUUGCCUCGUUCUGUCCUUAGCCUUACACCGUCCACAGCAGAGGAUGCGCAGACACCAGAUUCUGGAGACCUAGUAUCGAGUCCACCGCAAAGAGCAGCCCCGCCCCCAUUCCAUGCUGCGGAAAGGCUCACAGCACACAUUAUCAGCAGUGCUCGAGAAGACCUUCUCCCUCAGAGGAUCAAGACAGAGGUUGAAAACAAGGUAGCUACUGGUGGCGUGCAAGUGCGAGAGGACAGCCCCGUGAGAUCCAAUUCUCGCAACCAAAAUGUACCUUCACGUUAUGGCGCUAUCUCCCCACCGCCAACAGGACCACUGCCUGUACCACCAGAAUCCAACGCUCAGAAUCCCCGCAAUGGACCCAUCCCGUUCCUUGCUGCGAUGGCCCCUAUAUCAUUGUCUGAAGACGCAGCUACAAGUCGCCAACGUCGCCUAUCAGCAACCCCCAAGCCCUUCAUGCGUCCCUUCCCCAUCCGUCCCCAGGCUCGACACAUUGAUACUUCGAACCUCAGCCAGCGACGUCGCUCGGCUAUCACGCCUGCACGCGCUGCCUCGCCAGCCGAUAUGAGUGGAAGGCGGUCGGUGACCUCGCCGGCACUCUACACAAGACCAGCGACAAACAUGGCACCUACAUCCCACCCAACCACACUCCACUCCGCCUCCGCCGCCCAAGCACCACACGCCCUCCGCCGCCCAGCAUCAAUGCAAAUGCAAAUCCGCUCCGAGCACUCCGCUUGCCUCUCCCGGCCCGUCCGCGCCAUCGCCUCAACCCCCUCCUUCGUCCCCGGCAAGCGCGCCUCCUACACGCGAAACUCGCGCACCCCCUCCCCAAGCGCAAGCUCAGCCCUGCAGUCCAGCCUGAGCAUCGACGCCAUGCGCCUCCAAGCCCAGCAGCAGACCGUCGUGCCCCGCAUCAAUAUGCCUGUCAAUACUCUCCCGCCUCCCGCCCCGCCGCCUAAUAUGCCUCUCCCCCUCCCUCCGCCUAAUGUGCCGCUCCCUCCCCUUCCACCGAUAUCCGCACGGGGCGUGGCUGUGUAAUUUUCUGCCUGUGCGUCUGUCAGUCAGUGUACGAGUACUAUCCAUCAUCGUAUCAUAAACAUCAAUGUACCAAAAAUCGGCGUUUGGGUUCCGCGUCACUUCUCGGGGAAAGGGAAAGGGAAAGAUACCGGUCUUCGGAUCCUUUGUUUACGCCGUCAUGUCUUGCGUUUUCGUCAUAAACGCGUCUCUUUCUUUACUUCCUCCUCUACGUACGAGCCGCUGUUGCGCCUCACCGAUACCACGUCUCUGUUUUCUUUGGGUGUUGGGCUGUUUAUACGUUCAUUCAUUCAUUCAUUCGUCUGUCUGUCUAUUUGUCUGUCUCUUUCUGCCCAUGUGGCGCUUUUUAUAGCAUUCAUAUCUUAUCCUAUCCAUCGUUUCGGUUGGAACUAUCUCGCGUAUGACGGCCGUGUUUUGGUUUUUAGAUUCGCAAUGGAAGCAACUCUGAAC